AUGAAAAUUCUAUUAUUCAUAGCAUUGGUGUCUAUAGUGAGCGCACAGUUUGACGAUUUUGAUAUCAAUGACUAUAAAGAUGUGAUAAAUUCACGAAACUUUACGGGAAAAGUAGUUUUGGUGACCGGAAGUAGUUCUGGAAUCGGGGAGGGGAUCACAAAACUGUUCUCUAUAUUAGGGGCCAAUGUUGUGGUCACCGGUAGGAAAGAAGCGGAUGUCCAGAGAGUUGCCAAAGAAGUGCAGGAAUUGUCGCCAAAGAAACUGAAGCCAUUAGAAGUGGUCGGAGAUCUCACCAAAACUGAAGUCAUUACCACUUUGAUCGCGAAUACUAUCAAAACAUUUGGCAAAUUAGAUGUUUUGGUGAAUAACGCCGGCAUAUACCCGGACACAAACAUUACACAAAAAGAUUUAUUACAAGUUUGGGAUCAGGUCUUCAACAUAAACUUGAGAGCAGUCGUCGAACUAAUCCACGAAUCGGUUCCAUAUCUGGAGAAGACUAACGGCACUAUCAUUGAUAUCUCGAGUAUUUUGGGAAUAGCACUG